AUGGAUCAACUCAAACCGCGAACAUACGCCGAGGCCGAUGCACUUCUCCAGGCUCCAGGAUCAAUCUACGAGAUUGAGCAGCUGGUCAUUGAAGGCCGCAAGGUCAAGGUGUGGACCAAGGCGCCAAAGUCGAUGCGAGAGUGGAUGGUCGAGGGGCUCAGUCGAUGGGCAGACAACGAGUUUGUGUCUGAACCGCUGCCUGAGCCCGCUCCUGCCUCUCAGCGUCAGUCCAGGACGUAUGGCCAGGUGCUCGAUGACGCGGUCACCUUUGCCAGCUGGCUCCGUGAAGGUGGGAUUGCCAUGGGCGACCGCGUCGCGAUCGGGGGACGUAACUCUUCGCGGUUCAUUUCGGCCUACGUCGGCACCUGCCUGAUCGGUGCCGUGCCAGUGCUUCUGAACACCACCCUUACGGAUGACAACCAAGUCCACUGCCUCACGAUCACCCUUCCGAAACUCGUUAUCGGUGAUGUGCCCAUGGCCAAGGCCCUUGCCUCGAUCGCGCCGACGCUCGCUUCCAUGGGUGUCACAAAGCUCUAUUGCUGGGACUCGAUUGGACAUCUCGACUCUGGCAUCCGCUCUGUCGUUUCCGAGUACGCACCGUCUCCCUCGUCGCAGACAGUUGCUACCGUUCGAUCCGGGGCUGGGCUGGACAACCAGGACCCGGACAGCGACGCCAUCAUCCUGUUCACCUCUGGAACGACCAGCAAACCAAAGGCGGUCCUCCUCACGCACAGAAUGUGGUGCCAGCAGAUCUACACUGCCAGCUAUACCAGUGCCCGGUACGCCAUGCGCAUGGGCGCUCCGUUGGAGAUGGCUCUUGCCAUGCACAUUCCGGAAGCCAAGACUUGCAUGUUACAUGCCGUGCCCCUGUUCCACGUUACUGGAGGCGGCAUGCUCACUCGCGCGAUUGUCGUUGGCCAAAGGCUCGUCUUCCUGCGCAAGUGGGAUGUGGACACUGCGACGGCCCUGAUUCGCUCGGAAAAGGUCAACAACCUCAUGGGAGUUCCAGCCCUGGCGGCCGGUUUGCUGGCCUCGCCCCGACUGACUGACGAGCUGAAACUUGAGACUGUGUCGUUUGGUGGUGCCCCAGCGCCAUCCAACCUUGCCCACCGUGUGCAAAAGCAAUGGAACCAGGCGCUUGUUGUGCACCUGUACGGUGCGACCGAGGCUGCUGGAUUGUUCACGGCGCUCGUGGGCGCAGACUACAUCGGCAACCCCACGUCUGCUGGUCUUCCGACACCUAUCUUGGACAUGCGAGUUGCGGAUCCCGUCACGCACAAGACUCUAGGUCCCAACGAGGUCGGUGUGAUCAUGUUCAAGGGCGGGAGUAUCAUGAAGGAGUACUUGAACAACCCGAAGGCCACGGCAGAAGCCGUCGACGCCGAGGGCUGGUACAACACGGGCGACGUGGGAUACAUUGACGACGGGCACGGGCUGCUCCACAUCACGGACAGAGAAAAGGACUUGAUCAUCCGCGGUGGCGAGAAUAUCCCAUCCGCCGAAGUCGAGAACGCGGCCCACAGGGACGAGCGCGUGCUCGAGUGCGCCGCGAUCCCCGUACCAUGCCCCGUCAUGACGGAACAGGUCGGGUUGGCCAUUCGCCUUGUGGAUGGGGCCCAGGCGACGCCGGAGAACCUCAAGGCUGCGAUGGACCCUCUACUUCGACCGCAAGCGCGUCCCGUCAUCAUCCAUGUCUGGGACGGACCGUUGCCGCGCAACAUCAACGGCAAGAUUCUGAAGAAUGAGAUCAAGAAUGUUGUGGCGGAGAAAUGGGAAUCAAAGCAGGACCGUGGAAAGCUCUAG